GGAGAGAGCUGUCCUCACAGCACCCCGAAGUAAGAAAGUUUGAGUCUAACAGAGAAGCCUUCCCACCAAUACCGCUGCUGCUGCUGCUGCUGUUUGUCACGUUUCAUAAUCUACAUUUUACGUAACCAAUUUUACAUCAAUGCCAGCCUGUGAGAUCAUGGUGCACUAUUGAUGAUUAUUUAUUUAUUUGAGCUUAAUGGGGGGGUUGGGGUGGAGAGGGGGUGGGGUCUAUGUGGAGGAACUGCUCACAUUGGACUCAGAGUUUAAAUAGUACACCAUGUUCUGACUCUGUUUGAGGACGUCUUCAUUAACUUCUUUCUCAAUAACAUCUUAUUUCUUGGGAACUUUUUGGUGCGUAACGUUGAGCUACUUGUUGCUCUGUGAAACUUUUUAUUUUUCUUCAAAAUCAUAAAGUUGUGUUAUGUUCUUCUGAGCUCUUCAAAAUAAAAGAGUAACUGACAAAUACUCAGAGAUGGGUAUUAAACAUGAAAUAAAAGUCCACCGCUCUAGAUAAAAAAAAGGCCUCUGUGCGUAAAAUAACACUCUUUACUUUCUGUCAUUGACUCACAGAGGUAUAAUUGUUUAGUUAAGAAUUUUUCAAAGGCCAAAGAGGAUUUCUGUGAGUAGUUUUCUGUAACUUUCACAGCUCUGGCACUCCAAUCAAAAGCAAGUUUUGACAGUAAUUGGCCUGGACACGCACCGGCCACUCUCUGUGUUAUUGUUGCACAGGGGCAGGAGUGGGACAUUUGCACAGGGGCAGCGAAAUCCACAGAAAUGAAUCGCUGUGGCUCUCUCGUCUUUUCGUCCUGUGCAUGUAAUCUCUUGGAUUCUCUCACAGAUUGGUGUUUAACGUUAACCUUUUCAUUUCUCCUACGUGCAGAUCUCUGGAUAAGGGCUCUCUCUCUCGCUCUCUCUCCCUCUCUCUCUCUUAGGAAGGCGCACGGAGUUAAAGAGGCAGCAAUAUUUGCGGGUAUCGCGGCAUAUUUCAAAGCAUUUUCAGUGCGAUAUUUGAAAACGGAGUCGUGCGGUGAACGCCUGCGUGUCCCUUUUAAAACAAACCCAGCGCCUGUCAAUCACAGCACAUUCCAACCAAUCCCAACGCUCCCUUUUUAAAAGCAGGUUUGCCUGCUGUGCUUUUAUAUUGCACCAUGGCCUGUUUCGAAGCAUUUUUACUACCACGGUUAUUGCCACAAAUCAAGAGGGCAAAGUGAACGGCAUGGGACUCACACCAACUUUAACGAAAUUGAGUCUGGGUCUUACUUCUGCGAAGUUCACGGCCAAGAAUUUCACAUGCAGAUGAUAUACAAGCAAGGGAGAAUGGAGACUGCAUUUCUAGGUGCAUCCUGAGUGCUGAAUUGGUUGAUUUUGCAAAAAGCUCAUAGCCUCAAACUCACAACAAAACAUGACAAGCCUUUCGAGGUUUAGUGGCUGCCCUCUCUCUUGCGUCAACCCCGGGGAGAGCAAUACUGAACCCAGCGUGGUGCUGCCACCUUUGGCAGGAGAGCACAUGGGACACCCCACUGGCAGUUCCUUAAAACUCUGCCCCUCGCACAAUUUGCGAGACUACCCCGAGACGAGGUCCAGUGCAUAUGUUGACCACUCGGUUCCCACUUUUGCAGACUCUGGAUACCCCAGCCACCGCUUAGAGCACAGCCCUAGGGGCAUUAUCAUUGGAGCCAAUCUCUCUGGAGCCGGCAUGCCACCCGUCACUGAUCAACUGGCAUCAAGAGCGAGCCAACAUGGCGGGAUUGGAAGGUAUCAUCGUGACUUUGCUGGCUGCAGAGACAACAGAAGCCAUGCUUUUUUCACGAGUUACCAGGAGCAGGCCCACGCCUCCACGGACGCGUCUCGAGACCUGGGCAGCCAGAUGAUGCUGGGUCUACCUGGCGACCUCCUCACCCGGACUCACCCCUAUGGCCAAGCCCUUAACCCCAAGGGAAACAGCCAGCAACUUGUCACACAAUUCCUGGGUCUCUACAAACCCCUCAACAUGGCAAUUCAUCGAGGAGGAGGAGGAGGAGGAGGAGGAGGCGACGCUUUCCUCAGGUGCUCCAAACAAACGGUGAAGCACGAGCUGGUGUGCAAGUGGAGUGACGGCCAAGAGGGGGCCGGGAAGCUGCCUUGCUCCAGAGCCUUCGGGACCAUGUAUGAACUUGUCACCCAUGUGACAGUGGAGCAUGUCGGAGGACCCGAGCACUCUGACUACGUCUGUCACUGGGAGAACUGCGCGAGGGACAGGAAGCCUUUCAAAGCCAAAUACAAGCUGGUGAACCACGUCAGAGUGCACACAGGGGAGAAGCCCUUUCCCUGCCCCUUCCACGGCUGUGAGAAAGUGUUUGCACGAUCAGAGAACCUUAAGAUCCACAAGAGGACCCACACAGGUCAGUUCAGAAUCAAACACACUCUGAAAAUUGUUAUGAUAAAACAAGAACACAUUUUUUUGUGCAUUUCUGGUUGAAUAAUCUAUGUUUUUGCGCACUGCAUUAUUAAAGAAUUUCAUCCACUCACGUCCAAAUUUGUCAAUUUUACAAUUUUAAUCAAUCUGUACAUAUUUACAAAUUAAUUCUACCUUUAAAUAAAGAUCUAUUUAUUGAGAUUUUUGUAUUCUUUUAAUAAAUAUUGGUAUAGUGGUGGUUGUGUUGAGGCCUACGUUGUUUUUUUUUAAAUGUGAUUUUUACGAAGCUUUCUGUUAUCGCCUUUACUUCUGCAUGGAAAAACCAGCCCAGGCUCUCCAUGCAGACACCACAGAUAUAUAUAGAGUUGUAGUAUUACAGUAAGUCAGAUCCAAACCAGAGUAGUCUGCAGGCCCUGGUGCUUUGCUUUGGGUGCCUCUCCCACUUCAUUCAGGGAAAUUAAUAAAUAAAUGUCGGGACACCGGAGAGCUGUGACGUAGCCGUUACGCGCGGUGUCUGCCUCCCAGGGAUUGAGCUCAUGUGCUCAGGAUCAUCACAGGAGCGGAGGGAGCUCUGCACACGAGGUGGUAAUGGCAAAUAAAAAGGUGAACACACGGGUGACCCCAUCAAGGUGUUUAAUAUUAGAGUUUACAAGUAAAAAAAAGAAAUAAAAAUUGUUUUUAUAGGCUCAUCCAAAUCCAAAUCACUCCAUGAGGCCUGUUGGUGGUCAGGGUGCACCCUCACAAUGAUGUAAUAAAAAGCAUUUCUAUUUUUUUUAUUUUUUAUAAAUCGGUCACUCAGUGGGGCUUUCCCUCCGGGUUCCUCUGAGCACAGAAUAAAGAGGGAUUCCGUUUUAUUUUCUAUCUACACAAGGGAGCGUUAACGUGAUCUAACAAAGUGUAUUUACCAUACAUUACUGACAUUUUAAUUGAGAGUUUAAUUAAAUAAUGACGUGAAUGACCCUUUGAAAAAAAAUAUGAAUUCAUUGUGAAACCCCCUUUUUAGUGCUGGUUAAAAUUGUUUUGCUAAUGAAAGCUAUGAGAACAGAGGCAGAAAUGGACUGUUUAAUGACAUUUGUUAUGACUCUGCUGCAUAGAAGUGGUCAUGUCUCCCUAAUUUCACAUGUUUAAGCACUAAAAAUAUAUUAAGAAAUUUAAUUCGAAUUCCUAAAGGCAAAAUAAACUCAGAUGCAUGCAUAAAAUUGAUUUAAGAUAAACUAUUAAAGUUGUGCACGCUGCAUGACCGUGUGUGCAGGAGGGCCAGUGCGCAGCUGUGCUGCAACAUCAAUUAGCGGCUUGAUGGCUCUAAUUCACUCUGUGCGUGAUGACUCAUUUAAACUAAUCUUUGCAUUUGCUGUGGCAGGUCCAUCAUCAUUUAUAUAAUGAUAAGUGUAACUGGCCUACUCCUGUUGAGUUUGUCCGCAGACUGACUUGUUGCGAUCAGAAGUGCACAGGAGUUUGAGAAACUUGGAUCUCAGGGGUUUAUUCACUCACACAAACUUUUUACUCAAUUCCUUUUGCAGUUUGGCAUUUUUAAGCACCAGUUAUCAAGACUGGUGAGGCCUAAAGCUGCUAUUUUUGCUGUCUGUGUCCCAAAAUUCAAGACAAGGCGUUUGGGUGUUGCGUAGAUUUUGAUAAAACUUUUUCUUCUUUUUUUCUUUUUCAAUUUUAGGUGCCACUUUCACACAUUCCGUUUUAUUAAGUUUAUCUACUUGGUAAUCUGCAUAGAUAUCAUGAAUAGUAAAACAGGAAUGCAGCGGAUAUUAAACAUCAUUUUCAUAACACGCCGCCAUUUCUCUCUUUCUGCACGUUUAGGUGAAAAGCCUUUUAAAUGUGAGUUCGAGGGCUGCAACCGGAGAUUUGCGAACAGCAGUGACAGAAAGAAACACUCUCACGUGCACUCCAGUGACAAACCCUACAUGUGCAAGGUCAGGGGCUGCGACAAGUGUUACACCCACCCGAGCUCCCUGCGGAAGCACAUGAAGCUCCACUGCAACAAGGUCCACGUCUCCAAAAGCGGAGACGCGCGCCCUGGAGAUGUGGGACACACCACGGAGCCCAGAUCAACUUUAGUCCCGGAUGGAGUCCAGAUCAGCUCCCCUCAGCCCCCCACAUCCACUCAAGAUAUCCCCAUGUCCCCAGAGAGUCGAGACGAGUCGACCCCGAGGUCACGUUUCCAUCACACGUUUGACAGCAGUUUGGACUACUCCGCACACAGGUCACAGCCCCUCUUGGACCCUUUGUUGCUGCAGAGAGGCAGCUACAGGUCCCAGUCAUCCCAGUAUCACGGCGGGCAGACGGGUCACACAUUCGCUCAGAGCUCCAGGACAUUCCCCUCCACUUCUCCCUUUCAGAAAAGUCUUGUAAACGGAUGGUACACAUGCCACAGCGGCGUGGACUCCUUCCCACCAAAGCAUUGCAACAACAUCCCGUCUCUCUGAGGUUCUGUUCAGACUGGCGGAAGAAUUUUUGGGCCUAUUUUUUCAAGUUAUUCCAUAUAAACACACAGCUGUAUCUAUAUUGCUGUCUGUAUUUUUUGUGAAUGUUGUAUCAGAUAUUUUGUGACACGUCCUGAGUCAUUCUAUAUUGAAAAUGUUGCAUUGCGAAAUGUGACAAGCUUUAUUUGUUGUCGUGAGGCCUGUUUGGUGCGCUCUGGCUCUCAAGCCUGUAGCCCUAUCUUCCCACAGUGGGUUAUAGAGACCUUUUUAAAAAAGUGUGUAUGCCUAAUUGUUCGCUGUUUUGCAUUAUUAUGAAAGAUAUCCGCCAUAACUGGGACAAAAAACGACAAAGGAUUUCAUGUAAAUCUGCGUGUUUGGGUCUUCUGAACGUAUAUUGAGAAGGAAAGGAAAAUGAUGAAUGUAGCCUUAAUUUUAGGGCUUUUGUUGAAUGUAAAAUAGAUGUAAUGUAUGUGGGGGAAGAUAGAGGCAUUAUUCAUGUAUGUUUGUCGCAAGAUGAAAUAAAUAUCAGAAAGAUGUUACAUUUGGGGAACCUAUGGAGUCUGCGCAAUGGGCCUGCAGCAUGUUUUAUCUGCAAUUAGGUUCACAUGGUCUAAUUCUCUUCCUCUUAUGAAUGUCCCCUCUCACACCCUUUUUAAAAUUUCCACGUUCCUGUUUUCUGUAUAUUAUUUUUUUUUUUAACAAUUUCCGUGCAAAGUAAGCCCAGCGGGAGCACAAGCUAGUGUUCGUGAUACUGUUAAACACGUCUAUUCAGCACACAGCCCUACUGUACAUAAGCACACUGUGUUAUUAAUAAUGUAUUCUAUAUUUUAUUGAAGUGUCUCUAUUCUCCUUUGAUCAGUCAUGUCGGGUUAAAACCGUUUAAUUUAUUUCCACUGUGCACUCAAACUUCUUUCUCUAUAUAAUUUCAUAUACGCCAUAUAUGCAGGUUAGCAGUUUUGUGCAAGCUAGCUUAGAGGCUGUGGAUUUUAGAGACGGUUGAGACCUUUACACCUCUAUUAGUGACCUGCUUUUACGUUACACACAAGAGUGAAUGGCAACACGUUAAAUUAAAAAGGCUUAACAACUAAUUUUAUCGUUCAGUCUGUAAAAAAACGUCACUAUUAUAAUCAAAGGGCGUCGACUUCUUUUAGCUAACCUUACGUUUCGUACGUUUCUAGGGAUACAGGUGCGUUAGCUGAAGGGUCACGCGCACUCUGUCACUCAAACAGCACGCGCUUUCUACUUCCACUUCAAGGUAAUUUCGCUUAUUUUUGAUCCAAUUAAUCUAUUUUUGUAUUUCAUUUGAUUUCUGUCCCUUUCUUCACACUCAUACUCUCACUGAAACGUCUCAAAGUGAAGGUAAGCUAGCUCCACACACACACAAAUAAGAGUCUGAAAUCAUUGCUUUGUCCAAAUUCCAAUAACUAACACUAUUACCAUUAAUUCCCAUCAUUUUGUUCACACUACAAACAGAAUGCUUUUAUUUGCUAUAAAGACUUCUGCAUUCAAAGCUCCUCACUUUGAGUCUGAGUUAAUAGAUUUUCAGGAUUUCACAGUUUAAAAAAAAUCACAGGGAACAGAUAUGUGCCAUUCUGUUUUAUUUAGCUAUUGAAAAAAAGUUUUGAAAGUUAAGGGGGAAAAAAAAACAAGAGAGAGAGUGUUAGUUUCCCCUCUUAGGAUGCAUACAGUGCUGCAAAUAGUAUAAUGUUUGCUUCAUUCAUCUAGCUCCUCUGACAUAUUUGUUCAUGUUCGCUUGCUUCUUCAGGAAUAUAAAAUUCAACAAACACCUCAUUACUUUGAGGGGGGGAUAUGCUGUGUUUGGGUUUCUUUUCACAGCAGAACUUGAUUUCAGGUUUGCAACUCAUCCUCGCGCAGAGUUAAAACUAAUAUAUCGGGCUAUUAAUGUCAUACAUUUCAUUCUUGGCUCCCUGGGUCAAAAAUUACCCCCUUUCUAUCAAUAUAAGAGACGUGAAUUGAAAACUUGAGUGACCAGGUUGAAAUACAGUUAAUGGGACAUUUAAUGGUGUGGAGCUAAAGAUGAUGACAGUGAAAUCUGUCCUUGUCCUGCAGUAGUUUGAUUACUGUAGAGGCUGGAUGGGUCACAAUUAUGAUGAAUAAGGUAAUGGGGAAAAAAAGCCUCUGCUCCACUGCCAGCAGCAAAAGCUCUCUACUUUGUACCUAUAUGUAUGGAUGUCAGCAUUUUAUACCAUUAAACAUGCCGAUGAUGACUGCCGUUUUAUAUAUAUAACAAUUUGCUUCACUCAUAUCAAAAAGACACCAGGUCAAGAGUGCAUUCAUUUUACAUUUCUUUGAAAUACAUUCUUGCAGGGAUCUGACAGCUAACUAGCUAACAGGGAUCCUCUUUAUUCCGGAGAGAGGGUUUGAUGGAGGGGGAUUUGUACAGAUGGCCACAAAAAACAUGGGGUGAAGACUCUUAUGAGAGGAUUUUUAUAAUUUCCAGUGUUGACAAUAUAAUAAAGUACAGAGGAUUUUUGCUAUCAUGCUUUUAUUUUUGAUGUAAUCUGUAAGAAAAUAAAAGCAUUAGAGGCCCUUUGCGACUUUCAUCCCUCUAUGUUUAUAAAAAUGUAAGAAAAACUCCAGCUGCUCCUUUCUCUCAUCAUUUUUCUUUAGUGCAACAUGUAAAGUACGCACAACAGUGUAAUUGUUCUUUAAAAAGGUGCAGAGUUAUGAUGAACUUGUUUACGUCUUUAUCCUGUGUGCUGUUAAAAGUGAACACUGUGUUGCACAUUGUGCUCAUGGGAAUGCUUCUUCAGGGAGAGGCAGAUCAUUUUUGAUGAAGCAUUUUUGCAAAUCCCUCCUGAGUUUUGACCGUGGUUGAUUUCACUUUUCUAGGCUUUCCGUGAGACAUUUAAAACAACAAUGAUCCACAAGUUACAGUAUGUAGGUUUUAAUUUUUAUGAAACAGCAGCCAGUUUAAAACGAGCUAAUCAUCUUAUCAUUCAUCCGUCUCCUGUCCCUGCGUCUCUACAAGGCUCACACAGAUAUGCCUGGAACGGGUACAUAUGGUCUAUUAGUUUGAAUAAAAAACUAUUUUAGAUUAUGUUUGAAUGGAUACAUAUUAAUAAUAAAAUCUGCUGCUUUCUAGGUUAUUAGAGAGGAUUUUUAGAGUAGAAGUUUUGUGGGAAGUGCCAUGCUACAACCUUGUCACAGUCAAAGUGAUAGAUGUUUUAAAAAAAGGGGGUAAACACUUUCUUCUAAAUUAAAGUUAAAUGUUAACAUUUAACAUUUCUGAAAGCUUUAUGUUUUGUAAUGCCUCCUCAUGAAGGCCACAUCAAGAGGUCUUGGUGUGAGGAAUACAGAGAAUCUUGAGAUCACUUAAAAAAAAAUUGACACUGCUCUGUCUUAAAGUUCGUCGUCUAAAUCUUUACAGCAGUAUGUGUGUUUUAACUUUUGCUUUACAAAAAUGAGAACAAAAAUCUCUCAUCGGGAAACAUGCAAUGAAAUAUUGUGUUGUGCUAAAAAAAAAAAAAACCUCUGCGUCUGAGUAUAGAUAGCGGAUUUUCUGUAGGUUGCUGAGCUACUGCAAGAAGCGACAAUCAAAUCCGUGAAUUUUUCCACCUUCACUACGGGAUCUUUUUGUUGCGUAUCCUGUACAACACUUGGUAAUAUUCCAUAACCACUGAACCCUGCCACACCCUCCUCCCCCUUCAGUAAUCACAACUGAUUAGACCUCUGCUUCCCAGUUCGCCACUUCAUGCGCCGCCAUCUUUACUCUAGUUCUCUCUGCCUAGCAACAAGCAUAGGCGCCAUUUUGGAAAGCUUAUACAUCAGUUUAAUAUAAAUAAAUCCAUUUCACCUUGGGAUCCAUUGAAUUGCUAUCUCGCCCCCCACCUCGGUGGUUUGUCGUUAUGCCAUAGUUGGGUGGAGCCCCAGCUGUGAGUACCGGGGGGUGGGUUGCUUUGUCACAUCAGCGCUUUGGUUUUAUGCAGCAUCAUAACCACGCGUGACAUCUUGCGUAACUUCCACUCAGCGGCUCCUGUACUUUCCUGAAUAUGCUCUACGGCUUGGGCUGUGUCAGCGUUGACUCCGACUGGCCGGGUGUGAUUUUAAUUGGAUCUCUUGGCUUUAGCCCCCCCAUCUUCCCCAGGUCAGGCCAAUGGUGCUGUUGCUCCCCAACUUGCUUUCUUUUCAUCCCACCCCUCUGUGCCCCCUCCUCUUCUUCAUUUUUUUUUCUUCUUUUUCACCAGGUCCUCUUGUUCCUGCGUCUCAUCUAUCUGUACCCCUGCAGCUCCUGGCUAUCUUCACCCUCUGUGGCUCCUUCAUGAUGGCCCCCUAAUCUCCACCAGUGUGCUGCCAUGGUCAGUAGGUGUCCUACACCAGAUCCCCCCCCAAAAACACGCAUGGAACUUAGCUCAUAUUUCUGCUCUCGACUGCUUUGUCUGUGGAAGAUUGUCUCCACAUGCUAAACUGGAAGCUUCUGCUUUAUUUUGUCCUUCUCGAGUUGUGAAACCGAAGCUCCUGAAAGGUUUAGCAUCAAGACACCAAUGAUGCUAAGACUGCAUAAUAAGGUCAACUGUAACAUGAAGAAAGAUUGAUCCUGAUCUAGAAGACUGAACGCUAUAUAAUCUAGAUGUCGAUAAGAUAAAACAGGGGAGUAAAAUGAAUGUAUUAGAAAGGUAAUCUGUUUCAUGUCUGAGUCUUUGUUAAUAUGACAGCUUGACAAUUAAUACGCUUUAAUACGCACCAUCAGGAGCAGGCUUUCGUGUAAGACAUUGCCAUCUUUAUUAUUAUUGUACAUGUGUUUGGUGUGUUUACAAAUUCUGCUGUGUACCUUUACGAUUCAACCAGAUUUAUCCUUUACGUUUCUUCCCCGUCUUAAUCUCUGCUACAGUUUUUCUGGCUUCAGCGGUGCCAGCCCCCUGUGUAGUCCAGCCUGUACCCAGGCUUAUUAAACCAGGCUCCUAUUCACUCUCCCCAACGGUCGCUCCACUGUCAACUUAAGCCCAAGCCCCUCCAACACUCCAGCUCUCCAACCAUUGUUGUCGAAUUUGCCAAAAAACUGGGUAUCGCUCGACAGCCAAUAUGCAGCAGGAUGGCAAGAAGGCCCCUCCCACCCUCAUAUCUAAUGCAUAUUUGUCUUUUGAUGCAUUGCAAUCCACCCCUGCGGAUGGUUCUCAAAAGACGUCUUUUUUUCAUUUAUUAUCCAUGCCUUACAUAACAGAUAUUUUGACAGUUUCAGAUGAGCCAGUCUCUGGGAUAUCAUGGGGGCUUUAAUGGUCUCCUAUGAGCUGGUGACUCUGAUUAGCUUGUACAAAGAAAAAAAAAACAACAAAUUGAAAGUUUCAGACAUGGCCAGCAGUAUAUUUGGUGGUCUGUUGCAACUGAAAGGAAAUUAAAUGAUAUUUUUGAAAGAUGAUAUGUAAUGAAAUUCACUCGUGCAAAGGUUUUUGGGGAGUUGAGGAGGGUUGCGUGGGGUGAGAAGACCUUUUGAAGAUCUUACAACUUCUGCGAGCUUCAGGCCUAUGAGAUGCAAUGCCUUCCUUAUAAGGGAAUGACCAUAACUCUGGUCCCUGUGCUUCUAAUCCCUCCUCCAGACCCUUGUCAUCAGAGAUCAACCAGGCUGAGCCUUAAUGUCCUCCGCUCUCUGGCAAGGGCAGCUGCUAGCUUUCAUGUAAGUGAAGAGCCAGAUGAAUAUGCUUAAACGUACGCGCUGGAGCAUGUAUUCAUGCUGUCUUUAUCUUCAUCUGCGCUGCUUCACAGUGCUACAGGAUGUGAUCUUUGAGAAAUUAUCAGUUACGUGUUUGAGCCUCCACUUAAUGAUUCACAUUUUACAGAAAGCAUUUGAAGCGUUUGUUAGAAAAUGUUAAAAAGGCUUUGAUCAUGACGCCUAAAGAGCACAAUGCCUCAGAUUUUACAAAAAAAACACAGCAAAGAGAUUCUAAGUGCCUGCUGUCUUUGCCGCUUCUCAAAACUAUCACAUUUCAUUAGCAACAAUUUGCUUUCUGUUGUGAGAUACAGUAUUUAAAUAAUACUUUUUUUUUGUAGAAUUUCUCAAAUCUCAGUUGUUUGAGGUUGAACUUAAAAAAGGAGAUCACAUUGAUCAUGGUCCAGGGUGUUUCAAAGCAGUGAGUAAUCGCGAGUGUUUAAUUUUAUCUGUUGCAGUAUGCAUUGCAAGGCGGCUGUGUAAUCAAGCCUGUGAACUCCACAUCUGAAGGAAGGAUUCUGUUUCUGAUCACAUGCCUUUUGAAGUCCAUCCAUUGGCUGAACACAGAUGUGUUGACAGGAUCAAACUCACACUCCUUGGUAUGUGGCCGUCAAAUUAAUAUGUACUUGACAUGAUGCUGUAUGUGGUUUUUCAGCUGAUUUCCAGUGACUGUGGAAGCACGAUUGGCCCACAUUUUAGAAAAGCUACGAGUGAGGACACAUGGCUAUCUCACUGUUAACCUUCAGCGUAACAAGAACACCCCAGGGCCUAACUCUACAAUGAUGGAUGUAGGGUAAGGGGGUUAGAGGGGCCCCCCACGCAAGUUAGGAAUUCCCCUUGGGCCUUUUCAAUUACAGUUAAACCAAGCUCCACACUGUGAUGAUAUGUUGCUUUAAGGCUGUCACAUUAAUGGAGGCGACAAAUGUAAUUUGGUGUCGCAUUGACCCUAGAGUGCUUGACACACAGCAACAGGAGGAAAUGAAGGGGAACCUUUUGUGUCUUUUUAUUAAUUUAAAGUCAUCAAUAAAGACUCUAAAUUGAGUGUCGUUAAGGUCCCUGUGAGGUUAAGAAACUAUUGAUGGAGGUAGUUUAUCAUUAGCCACAAGCUAACAGGAGCGCAGGGAGGAUAAUAAGCCGUUAGCUCGGCCUUGAGGAGCCCAGGUAUGGGAUUUAGGUGUCAAAAGGAAAUGAUGAACCAUCUUUUUAUCUUUCUCAUGAUCAAUACGGCAGCCUGACCCUGAAUUGGCCAUAUACUAUGAUAUGCUAAUGAGAUGUACAGUGUGUGUGUGUGUGUGUGAGUGUGUGCAACAUCAAUACAGUUGAAUUUCGUCCUGAGAUCAGUACAAUGCCAAGCUCACCGCUGAAUUAUAAUCCUGUGAAGUUAGCGCCUUCCACAGAUGACUUUCAAAAAGAACAGAGUAUCUGUUUCAGUCCCGGGGGAAUUACACUCUGUUCUAGGUAUCUGUAAAGAGGCACGGGAUCAGAAAUCCUUCCUCUAAGCACCGACAGAGUGAUACAUAUAGCCGCUCCAGGUCCGUUAUUAAAGCGGGAUAUAUGUUGCUGAAUUAAUUAGCAUUUGUCCUCCGCUCCAGUUUCCAAUAGAUUAUGGGGGGACUGCUGCUGCUGCUGCUGUUGUGAGUGACAUUGAAUUCCUUUGCUUAUGUAAUUGGCAGGAUUAUGCAACCCAUCUGUGUAACUGGGGAUCUGUCUCAGGAAUAUGAAUCUGCAACAAAACAGAACGCAUUCCCUUGGAAAUGCAUCGCCUCCAGUACAACAAAAACACCAUCCCCACCCUGUUUUGACACAUAAAUCAACAACCAAACUGACUUUAAUCUCUAAAAGUAAGUUGAAAGAAAAGGGAAAAAGUUAGCCGGAGACUUUUGUUGUGCAGCCGGGCAGUAUGUGUGAAACUUCUAAGAGCACAGGCAGAACAAUCCCAGCCAUAAAUUAAUCACUAAAAACUAUGCGUGCACUGUAUUUGACUUGUAUUAUUCCCACUUGAUCAAACACAUCAUUAACUAUGCUCUGUACAUUAACUUAAUUCAGACUGUUCCACGUUUGAGGGGCCAUGAAUAAUGCCAAGGAGCCCAUGAGGGGAAAAGAAGCCACUCCCUCUCUGCAGAUUACAACCAAACUGCUGUACUGUAAGUACCAAACUGUGCUCUUUCUCUGCAUGUGUUUUGAAUUGUUGUACAUCGACUUCCUUUUAUCAACACACUAAGUAAAGAUACAAGCUAGUUAUAUAAAAAUAAAUGGAUCAGGAGCCAGCGUGGGCUGUUGGUUAUACACACAUGUGUGAACAAGAUGCCAGAGGCGACGCAAAGGCACUGACAUAAUUAUCUAAACAGCUUUAUUCAUGUCUUUAAUAGAAAAGGCUUUGCUCCUGUUUUAGGAUACUGUAAAUCCAUCAUUCAGGAUGCACGUUUGUAGAAGAUUCACUCAAAACGCAUUCGCUCUGAUCUGAGGUAUGCACUGAUUCUGUUUUUAUAAGUUCAGUUUAAUUUGUGGGCCGCCUGAGCGAAGAUGGAGGCUAAUAAAUGUCUUUAUUGUCCUCUGAGAAAGCCAGAUGUUGGGGGUGGAGUUGGGGUGUGUGUGCUCGUUCCUCCGUGUGUGUGUCUCCUCCAAAGUUAAAAUGAAACCUAGGCCACAGCAGCGUGGACGACUGAAGUCCCCGUGUAUUCUGACUCACAGAUCACACGAGUUCUGAAAGACUGCUCUUUGAUCAUUUCCAUUUCUAAAAUCAGUCCCUUUGAACAUUUUCAAGUCACUUGUGCUUUUAUUUAUAAAGCCUAUUUAGACAAUCAAGGGGUUGAAAAUAAUUAGGCUCGCGUGCACAUGAGUGUGGACAUGUAUUCCCUUUCAAUCAGUUAAAAACCAGCUCUGUUAAUUAAACUUCUGAGCUGUUGCUCUGCCCAAAUAGUUUUCUUAUUAGCUGCUGCAUUCCUUAGAUCUGUUGUCAGCGGAGCAUAUUUUCUUUUUGUUGCUCCUUUCUGUUCUUUUUUCCUCUCGCAGAAAUCCCACUGACCCAUAUAGUUGAUCUCAUUUUUGAAGCGUAUAAUAUAGAUUCAGAGUUAAGAGAUAGGCUCUAUUAUUAGUCCCAUUUGAGCAGCACAGCCUCCUUCUAGGUGCUGCUGAAUUCCCUGAGUGAAGGCAUUACCAUCUCAUUUGGGUAAGGGUGAGAUUACCUCAUGCAACUGAGCUGUUUCAUCACAGGAGAAAAAAAAAAAAAGAAAAACAUGCCAGCGAGCCGAGUUGUCGCUGCUGACUGUUUAUACAGGCAGCUGAAGGAGGGGGAGACGAUCCAGAUGCAUUUCACAAACAUCACACAUGACAACUUGUGAUGCCACCUUUACUGAUGUUUCGCCUGAAAGGUCUCUCGCUAACAACAACAUCCCAUUGAUCCUCAGCACCAUUUUAACAACUUCCUCACACCCUCUCUCACACAUACACACCUGAGUGGGUAUAGAUUGAAAACGUUAGCAGUUAGCGGCUAGCUUUGCCAAAACAACUUGUCAAUUAGACCCAGGCAUUGUGGGAUCGGGUUUACAGCGUCCCUGUAAAUGGUAUCUCAUCUCUUACCGUUGAAUUAAUAUGCGAUACUGAUAUUUUUGAGCUGAUUAAAAGGCUAAGGCAUGUGAUGAGCUAUCAAAACAAGAAAUAGACUACUUGGAUUAAAAUUUCUGCUUUUAAUUGGAUAGAUGAAAGGAGCAAUUAGUUUCAGCUGGUUAAGUUAUUUUUCUCUAAAUUAGCUUGUCCUCAUUUAUUAAAAAGGGUGAAGAUAUGAUAAUGCAUCUUAACUAUAUUUAUGUUGCUUUAUUCAGAUGAAGAAUUUUUGGGUUCAAAGAUUUUAUUAAGACUGUGAUGACUUUGUCAGGUAAACCUGCAGUUCAGCGUUCUUGGCAGGAGUCGUAGCUCACUUGGUCAUGUUACAUGUCUGUUUUAGGGAUCAUUGUGAAUGAUGCUGUGCUCCAGGACUCAGGGGUCUUUAGUCUCUUUUUGGAUUUUCAGUACAACAUUAUCACUAACACUGGCCUGAGUGAGAAAACAUAUCUAAGAGGAAAGACUCAAUCUGUUUUGUUAAAGUAGGCUUUCAGCUGUAAUAAAUUCUGUGGGUAUCAAAGUUGGCCUACAGCUUUUCAUCGUUAUUGUUAAGUUGAUUUGUAAAGUUAGUUGGUUUAGUAGAUGACUCUGUAUUCAUCCCAACGUCGCACAUCCAAGACUCUCUUAUGUCAGUUAAAUUAGGUAAAUACAAAGCUAAUAAUGAGAUAAAACCUCUAUUUAAGUAACCCCUUAGUAGCACUGAGGCUGCAUAUGAAACCAAAAUAGUUUCACGCAGAUAUUCCAACGGUUUAACGAUAAUGGUAAAAUCAUAAGUCUGGUAUUUGCCAAGAGUGACGAAUUCACCUACAAACUUAUCGUGUACUAUUACGUCUGUGCAGUUAUUUUCAUUUUCUGUCAAGUCCAUUCACAAAAGUCAACAGGAAAACUUGCGUCUUUAAAAUAUAUUAAGAGAAGUCCUAAAGUUAUAGGCAUAUCCAGGGGUGUGUCCAGAGGAGCAGCCACGGGUGGGUACCAUCCUAAAAAAAUCAUUAGGUCUAAUCAGCUUUCACCAGAUAUGGGACUCAAAUAAUUUGUUUAGACUUAAAUGCAACAGCCUGUUUGUGGCUUUUUUUGCAUUUUAUUGUGUAUUUUUGCCGAUACUCUUAAUUGUUAAACAUGUAGUUCACACAUGGUUUCUACACUAGUGUGUAGAAGGUUGUAAACAACUUAAAACAACUUAAAAAAAAAACAAACAAAAAAACAGUUUUUCUAUGUUGGCGCCCCCUGUGGACAAAGCAGUCUUUGUGUAUCUUAUCCUUGAAUAGUAAUUUUUGACAAUACAUUUUAUCCUGCUGACUUUCCAGGGUCAAAUGUAUUAUUUAUUGUGAAUAUUUUAUUUUAAAGAAAUGCAAAAAAAUAAAUGAAUAAAAACCAGACUGUUUCUUUAGCUUCGUUGCUGACAUCUACCCUCCCAAACCAGUUUCAGGUGUUAAAAAAUAAGAACAUAAAAAUUCUCAAUCUUGGUAGAUGGUAUUGUUUGAUUGUAGAUGUCAUGAAAAGGCACCAAUAUAAAUUUCAGCUUUUUUCAUACUCAUCACAAACUCCUUACAGGAGCUUUAAGUUGGCACUUCGGAUAUUGGGACUUGUGUUCUUAGAGAAUUUAGCUUAUAAUAUUUGUGUUGCCCGUUCUGUUUUGUUACUUUUUUAAGUUAGAAAAUAUAUACAUGACUACAAUACCAGUAUGACACUUCAAUGUUAGCAGCUCAGUAGUUUGUAGAGUAGUUAAUAGAUCAGUGGAGACAGAAAGGGUUUCAAAGGUAAUAUGCUAAUUAUUUGUGUGUAUACGCCUUGUCACCCUUAAACAUGUGGUGUGGGCCACCCCACUCGAAUAAGUCUGGAUACACCCCUGGCCUUUCUGCUAUAUACUCCAUAACUAGUCAUCAAAAAUGGACAGACUUAUGGAUACAAUACAGGAGGCUUCUGGUGUAAUCAGUGUCGUUUUGUGGACAUACUGGAGGCUGUAGUAUAUAGGAAAAAACAACAACAACUGUAAUACAAGAGAACAUUACCGAAACCUAACCUGCAUCGCUUCAGAUUAAUUCAAGCAAAACUCUGGAAACCUGUGAAGGUGGCCUCUGCUUAAGAGCCAUUAAUCCCUUUUAACCUGAUCAGCUGACCCUAAAGUAGUGUCUGACAGAACCCAAGUACACUUACUUGAGUACUGUGCUUCCUAACCUUUUUUUUUUGAGCAUCUAUCCUUAACUUGUGUAUAAUUAUUUUUGGGAAACUUCAAAGUGUGAAAGAUGAAUUGUUCUGCACUCUGUUUUGACGAAUGCUCUUGUUACGACCUUGGCUCUGCAGUCAGCCGAUAAACAUUGUUUUGUUUCUAAAAUCUGAUAAAGUGUUUAUGUAGCUCUGCGUACUCCUACCUGAGCAUCCCAGGAUGAAGAAUAUGUGACAUAGUUGCGUAGUCAACAAGGCCUUGCACCAAGCAAAAUGACUUGAAUAUAAUUAAAUCCUUUUUUUUUGUCAUUGUGUGAAGCUUGAGCAACAUUUGACUUACCCAUGUAGCACUGACUGCUCUUAUAUAGUAUGAAAAUCAAACACUUGUAUGGGUGUAGUACUGGACCAGGACCAUCUAUACUUCAGCUCAAGUGAAAAAGUUGUGUACUCUGUCUGUGUUCUGCUAUUCUUUUGGUAUAAAAAGGUUAUUUAGUGAAAAGUGUUCAGCCUGAGAGGAGAGCAGGAGUAGAAGAGCAAACUGUAGAUAAACUGCUGAACACAUAGCACUUUCUGUGUUUCAUCCUGGUUAGAGGACAGAAAAAGAAACUUUCAUCCCACUUGUAGGGCUCCCCCCUGCUCAGUCAAUACAUGCUACAUAUACAGUGUUUAUUCUGUACAUCUGUAGCCUUAAGGCACUUACCUUACUCAGUUUCAAACAGGUGCUGUGGUGUAGCUUUUGGAGUCUGACAUGCAGGGCUGUUGUGAAGUGUUAAAGGAUAAGUUCCAUGUUUUGGAAAAAAAAAGGGGGUGAGGUGAGAUGACCAGUGAUGUCGUUCUGUUAUUGCACCGACCUUACUCAUCAAUCAGAAAUCAAAGCUUUGACAGUCGCAAACAUUAAAGGGCUGCUGCUGGCGUGUCCUGUGCCAAGAGGCGUCUUUCUGCUGAGCAUAUUAAUAUACUGUAGGUCACAAGGAGGCUCAUCACUGAUCAUGAAGGGAAGGAGAGAUACUCCUGAGCCACACCAGGCACGCUUCCAGUCAAUAUUCAUACUGGAACAUACAGUCAUCAAAGACAGAGCAGGAGUGGACUGCUGGAGUGAUUGAAGUGGUGUGAGGCAUUUCUUUUUAAUCAGGCGCAGGUUUACAGCAGAGAUUUUUUUAUAAAAACAAGACAGGUGCAGGAAAAAGGGGGACAAUAUGAGAUUUUUUACACAUUAUAUAGUUAAGUUUCUUAUGCAGGAGGAUUAUUUCUUUUAAAAAUGAGGCUGUUCUUAUUGCUGGUUGACUUUAUUCUUGUUGCCUGAAGGCCUGCAAACACAUGCAUUCCUGACUGGUUUUGGGAUUCAGCUUCAAAAAGAAAGAAAAAGAAGAAAAAUCCAGUAAAAGUAACCAGGAUGUCACAGCUGCCAGUUGCAGGCUGCGUCAAGGCAAAAAAAAAAGAAACUUUUCAUCCCUAUUCCACUCAUCUGCGUUUAGGUGUGUUCACCACACUCCACUCCGCCCCUUUUGGGAUUUUGAUCCAGGCAAGAUGUCUGCUUAUCUUCAGCUGAGCCUCUUUAGCAUUCACGUCGUGUCAUUAAAAUCUCAAGGAAGUCGGGUUAACGUUCAAGCUAACUGCUGUAACUCUCUUUGAUCUGCUGCUCUAAUCGCACAUUAAUAGUCAUAUUAAUUUGAAUGUAAUUUACAGCAUCGUGGCUAAAUUAAUAACCUGCAAUUAACUGUUUAGGCUGUUUUUGGCGUUUUCAAUCUGUUUUUAAAAGUAAAAUCUUCAAGUAUGUACAUUUGUAUUGCAUUUAAACUUUUUUGUUUUAUUUGAAGAGUAACAGGUCGUACCAUAUUCUCAGUCAUUUUACCUUUUGGAAAACAUGCACGCUAAAAACCAUCCAGCUUGCCUCUCCGGCAGUGACUCCAGCUUUUUUUUCAAGAAGUAGCAUCUUUAAGAUUUGAAAUGGAGCCACACAACAAGUCCCCAGGAAGGGAGAAUAUGUGCAGUGCAACAUGCAUGUUUCAUGAUAUCAGUAACAAGACAUUCUGAGUUGGCAGCAUUUCCACACUAAUGUACUUUGAGCUUUUCCCUGCAUUUAGAGUAUCUUAAUUCUUUUGCAGCGACUGUGAUUUAGCCUUUUUUGUGUGUACCGGGACAUGUUUAUGAGCUAAUAGGCCUUUGUUAGCAGUACUCUAUUUAUUUAAUACAAUUGUAGUGUGAACAGAAGGAAUAAUAAACAGGCUGACUAAACAUACGAUUCUUCUUAAAGGCUGAGAAAGCCUUGUGUAAGGACACAAAAGGGGGACGUUUCCACCGCGGAAAGUAAAUUCUUUUGAAGUGGAACUAAUCAUCUGAGGGAUGGUUCUCGUUGUCCUAACAACGCAGCUGAAUUGGAAUGAGCCUCCUUUUUUGUGGAAGAUAUGUUUUCUUUUUUUCAUUCAGAACUGAUGAUGAUAGUAGUUUCACGCCCUGUCCACCCACAUUGUCCGUCCAAACCUCUUUGCAGAUAAGUCUUUACUCGGAGACGCCGAACACACGGCGGGUGACUCUUGGUCUGUGACGUCAGCCUCUCUCCUCUGUCUUCCAGUCUUUACGCUUUUUAAUGCCGUUAGACUGAAAAGGGAAUCUCACAGCAAAUCCUCUCCAAUAACAGUGCUUUCUGGGACUGUGAAAAGAUCAAGACUUUUAAAGUACUCCUUUAUCAUAAUGUACCAGUCACUCUCAGCAUAAUGCUUCGCUUUUAAGUUUAAAGUUUGGGUAGCUUUUAACAGAAGAAAGAACAUCAGACACUUUUAUGUUAAUUUCAACUGUUUGGAUUUUUUUUUUUUUUUUUAAAUCUUUGAACAUAUUUUUAUAAUUUACAAAUUCAUCAGAAUAAUAAACAAAAUAUUCUGAAUGGGCUUUCUUAAACGCCCUGUCAUUACUCCUGCAGGGAUGGUGCUGCUUUGUUCCCAGCUCCCAUGUGAAAAAAUCCAAAUUGAUAAGACUGCAAGUUGUAUUAAUUACUUAUACCAUGCUUUGAAGAUAUAAAUUGUUGUAUUUUCUUUUAUUUUUUUUAAAAUGAUGAACCCGAAGAUGUGAUCUGUUUGCUUUUUUCAGUGCAUUUGACUUUCUAAAAAAAAAGCUAUGACUGAAAGAUCAGUUGAAAUUUUUGUGCUUGAAAUUUCCAUCAAAAUUUAGCCAUCGGUUUAAGUGAGAUUAUGUAUUCUUCACCCACAUGCCCUUAUCUCUUUCUCUAAAAGGUUUCAGCAGAGUGACAGCAGGAGACAGACUAGUGCUCUCCCUACUAAAGAUAGUACAUCCCAUUUGCAAUCUUAGUAAGUAAUUAUUGGCAGGAAUGAUGAGACUUCUGAUUGACUGCGACAUCUCCUUUGUGUGGAGCUGACGGGAUCUAACUGUGUGCCCCGGCUCCUGCCUGGGGUCUCCUCAUACGCCCUCAGGGAAUGUGGAAAGGUAACUUUGGCCGUCUGACCUCAGACUGAGAGAAUUCCAAUCUCUUAGCGUUACUAAAUCUUUAUCGUCACACAGGCUACAUAGCUUUGCCCCUCUUGAGUUGUAAACUGUCAGCCUUUUAGCUAGUCCAAUAGUCGUCCAGCCGUUUUAUUGUCUCGGUGGGGGAACAGAGUUCAGGCAGCAGUCAUCCCCCAAAAAACAGAGGUGAACUGUUUAGGGAAGUAUCCUCGGGGCUGCUGUGUUAACUUCUCAUUCAGACCAGUCCAGGCCUUGGAGGAGCACUCACACUCAUGCACAAACAGUGUCGACAGGGUGUUUAUUAAGAUGGACGGAUAGUUUGAAAAACAAAAAGAAAUCCGCUGUAUGUUUAAAAUUUUCUCUUUUUAAUGAAUUCAAAGAUCAUUUGAACAACAUAAUGCACCAAACUUUGUGAUAUCAAGGUCCCAAACUUACACGUAUGAGGAUAUUGUUCCACUUUAAACUUUGCUCAGCUCUUUUCAAAGCUUUCCUAUGACGGUUUCCAUGCUUAUUAUAAAUGCAAACUUCUGAUGAGUACAUAAGUCUACAUAAUUCAUCAAUACCUUCAUAGAUGAUUUAUUUAUAAUAACAUUGCCCUUUGCAGUGAUAGGACACCAAAAGAAUAGGUUUCAUCUAAAUAUUAUAGUCUGAAAUGGUUAAAAAAUAAAUAAAUAAAAAAGUGCAAUCAAACAAGUUUUUAACCCUCCAGAAAAGCAGCUUGUUGGCAGUGAAGUCACGAAUGUAGCAAAAAAAAAAAAAAAAAGAUUUGCCAAAAACGAGUCUGAGUUGAGAGUGAAGAAUUUGAGAGGCAGGUGGCAGCUAAAUGAAAGAAGUCAUUCUCAAUCAAAAAUUAAUUCAAGUACUCUUCAGCGAUUUAAGUGCAUGAUGUUGAGUUAGUACAGCAGCUUUUCAUGCCCACUAGAGAGAGUGUAAUAAGACUAGAGCUUAAAAAUGUGUCAUCAACCAAAAUUAAGGGGCUAAUAUUGGUCCUUUAGGUUAUAUAUACAUCAGCAUCUGUUUUUUCUGACAUGCACAAACUUAAUGCAGCAUUUUUUUAGCACUCAGAAGUUAAAGUGCAUUUGAGCACAUUGACAGAUAUAUAAGCAGAUAUUAUGGUGCAUUAAAGCUCCUGUGAGGAGUUUUUGGUAUCCAUGAAAUAGUCAGAAAUUCAUAUUGAUACCGUCAUAUCACAUACAAAAGCAAACAAACCCACCAGCAGUAAGAUUUUUGCUGUAAUUUUUAAUGCCUAAAAAAAAUACAGCAUAUAAUUUUGUCACAAGAUACAACUUGAGCAUGUAGAGACCGAGGUAAACACAAGGGGCAAUAAGACUGACUCAAGUGUUAUGAAAACUUAGACAGCAGCUUUCGAACAUAUCUAGUAGAGUAAAUUAAGAACAAAUUAAACUGAUUGUUUAUCAGCCAGCACUGGGCUGAUAUCGAUCCGUAAAGAAAUUCAUGUAUCUGCACGUUGUUUUGUAAUGUACGGAAACGUAGGGCUUGUUAAAAUGCACAAAGACUCCAGAGCAUGACUGAUAUAUUGGUAAACUAAUACUAUCAGGCUGGUAUUGUGCUUUGUAAGAUAUUACAUUAUCAAAUAUUUUUUAAGAUGGGGAAUUUGGCAGCAACGUGUUCUCAAAAUAACUCGAGGAUGGAUCUCCAGUUACAGUUAUGAGUGACUAAGCUGGAGACGGCAACAGCGAGAUAAACGGGGGAGACAAAUGUUGAGAUGUUGAAUCUGUUUCGUCCUGUCACACUGCCUGCUCUCUGCUGAGGCUUCACUAGCUCACAUACUGAAUGGAGCAGGUUACGGGAGGACACAGCAGAUAAGCUGGCGCACUUGAAUGUAGGCCAUUUUUUGCUUCCUCCUGAAGAAAUUCAACCCUUUAGAGGAUACACACUCUAAGAACCUAAUUUUCUCUUUCCAGCUCAAAAUUGCCGCUUUUAAAGCUCAUUGAAAAAAAAAAACUGCUCUCCAAACUUGGAUGAAGAGGCUGAUGUCCUAGAAAUGCAAAAUGGCCAGCAAUAGCAAUGUCCAGGAGUACGUUUUUCUUAACAGAGCGAUUGAUCAUGUUGUGUUGUAUUAUCCUCAUAUCUUCCAAGUAUCCCUUGGCUUGCUUUGUCAUUUUUACGUGCCAUGCGGUAGCUGGUUGCCAUUGUCAUCAUGGCAGACUGGGAGCCCGGGAGAGGACGCCAGCUCGGUGCCAGUUGGCUCAAGUAGUGAAAACACAAGGCAGACACAGCACGAUUCUAAUCUUCAUCGUUCCAGACACGAAGGUCACUUCUGUGGUGAUUGCAGUUUUUAUGUGUCCCAUUAGUCAUAAGACAUAAUCCAUAUACUAAUAAAUAUAUUUUUAACCUUUAAGGAGUACACAGUAAGUACACAGUGAGUACACAGUACGCGUGUGCAUUUAACUGAGAGAGUAAAUAGUUUAGCUUUUAUACUGUAUAAAAAUGUGGAUUUGCCUCUUAAAUGAAGUGAGAAAGAUUAAGGUCAAGUUAUUCAUGCAUGUUCGGAGCAGUGUUAUGUAACUCCGAGAGGGCCAGAGCCACUCCAUUGACCAAGAAAACAGUAAUUUUACAAGCUUAAUUAGAGUAAGUAAGCAGACAUCAAAAAAGGUCAAAGGUCACUGGAUAUAUUUGCUUGUAAUACCUCUACAUAAUAUUGAGCCAUAACUUUAUUUACAGAUAGUGGGAUGAUAGCUGGGAGGCUUGCCAUGUUUUUUUUUCUUUUUUUAAUGAAUGAGUUAUAUUCAUUCCCCCAUCCUGUGGAAAAAAGCUGAUUUCUUUUUUUACUGCGCCACAUUUACUGUAGCGUACAACAAAUAAAACAGUAUGCCUCUUCCCUUAUUGUAUAGCUUUAUCAGUUUUCAUGCAGCUCUCCAGCCUGUGCACCUAUCCUCCUGGUGGUGCUUCACUCAGUAGACAAUACUUCUGCAAAUAUCAGGGGCCAAGUCAUUAUCUGCCGCUCAGCAGGUGUAGACAUUAUUGGAGUGUUGAACUAAUGAUAUGUAAUGAGCUCUCUGUGACACAUGUCUAGCCACCCUAACUAUCAUGGGGCCCAUUAAUACAUAGCGGCAUCAUAAUUAGCUUCGUUGGGAAGCUGGAGCUGAGCUUUAUAAAUAUAUCAAACUAUAUUUAAAUUGUUUACAUGCUGUGUGCUCCUACACCGGGCCAAAAAAAAAAAGUAUUAAUCUGGCUUUUACGGCUGUUUGGUGGAUAUAGUUAGGGCAUCAACAUGGCAACACUUAAGCACUGAUACUACACAUAAUUUUCAAACUACUGUCAAGCGCCGUUUAAAAUGCCUGCAUGUGUAAUUUUCCGUAAUGACUUUUCUUUUUAAACAAACACAGCUGAACUGAUUCCAUGACUAACAGAGGAAUGAGUCACUUUUUGUGUCCUGUAAAUCGAAAGCCCGGGACACAAAUACAUGGCUGUCUUAAAAAUUUAUAUUGGAAAUGGUUUUGAUGUUGUACCCCACUGCAAACACUUUCAGCCUUCUGCAGGUCUCCUAGCAACAGCAAACAAAGGCAGGACCCAUCUCAAGUUUCCCGUGGAGCGGCCAGUCCGGCGUGCCUUUGAUCUUGACUGGGAAAAUAGCUGAGUGGGCACUUCUCGCAUUUGUCUUUCAUUUACUCCAGCCCCCCCCCUCCCUCCUAAAAUGUUCCCUCAAACAGCCAAAUCUUCAUCUGUCCCCAGCAACCAACACCCCUCCUGGAUAAUCAACCAUAGCAAUGGAAGUCAUUGAAGCACUACAAAGUUUAGUAGAAAUUGGACAUUUUUGGUUUCAGAGCAGAUUUGCUACCUUUUGUAGGCUGUCAUUUGUGUUUUUCUCUCUGCAGGGAAGUGAUUCUGUGAACUAAAAUGGUGUUUUUAUCUUUUGUUUCCUUUGUCUCAUGUCGUGUUACUGCAGCAUUUAUCAACCUCUGUCCUGGGACUUUGAAAUAAAAGCCUUAAUAAACACAUAAAUUGCCUUUAACCUUGUUUUUGCAAAUGUGUUCAACUUUUCAAACUUCUUCCUAAUGGAAAUUUUUACUUUUAUUUUCUUAAAGUGCCAGUGCCAACAGAAAAACGGGCACACAGUGGAGCUUAUGCGGAUUUUUAGAGUCAUGUGGUUGCCACAGAGUGCUCUUAUUUCAAAGUCUACGUUUAAAGAAACUAGGCUGCACACAGGAAAAAGGAUAAUUUGAUCUGGUUUCUUAGUAAAGCUUUCGAAGUAAGUCCCAGGGAUGAAAAUGUAAAUAACUCCCUCACUCUAUUCAGCACUCAGGAUUGAUAGGGCAAUGUAUCUCAGGGCUAUUGAAUGUUAUCUUACCCUAGUGCUAUGCUCUGCUUUCAUCCAAAACAGCCCAAACAGCUCAGGAGCUUUAACAAAUUGAAGUGUUACACACUGUUUUGGUGUAAUUUACUGUAAUUGAUGUUUCUAUCCAGUGCAGAGGCCUUCUAAAGCAAUUGCUUGUGUUUGUAGGUAGACAUGCAGCCCAGUGGGGUGUAUUGACUCAGGCUGUUGACUAAUAUUGCUCUAUUGGCAUGUUUUAAUGCUCUCCCAUUGUUUGACUAACAGUCUCCUCUUGAAGCUAAAAGCACACCUGGCACACUGUGUAAGACAGGGAUCACAGCGGGUUUAGACGGUUUCACACUGUAGCAAUGAAGGAGAAAUAAACAAGUUUUCUUUCAGCGUGAACGGGUCAACAGGAGUUGACUAACCUCGCUCUGUUUUGAUCUGGGUUUACUCAACAUCUAACACUUCUCAGAAUGUUUCCUCUCCUGAAACCUUAGUAUUUUAUCUGAGUUUGUACAAGAGGAAAAUAGUGUCACAAUGACAUCCUCUUUAAAAAUGCACAUCGACUCAGAGAUACUAUGACAACUUGGACAAAAGAGCAGUGUGAAACCUAGUUCUUUUAAUGACCUUUUGCAUAUGCUGAUUUAGUAUUAACACAGAAAAUAGAUUUUUUGUUGUUGUGAUUAACUGUUGAGAAAAGACUGUACAAUGUAAUAAUACUCAGAUAAGUCCAUUAAAAGUGAAAGUAUUUGUUAUGCUGAAAAGUGUGAGUUUCAUAAUGACAUAUUGCAUACCAAUAGAUAAUAACUGCUGAUGCAACAUGAUGUAAGAUGCAUUAAAUCUGGUAUUUUAUGGAAGUGGAGCAGGUUUUAAUUACUUUUUUGACUGACUCAUAGUUCAUCCAUCACACUACAUCAUACUUUGUAAGACCUGUAUAAGCCUGUGUUUACACAAUGUGGCACAGCUUUAAAAAUUCUAAAAUUACAAUAAUUUCUUUAUAUGAAAGUGUAAUUUUUUUCCAGAAAUGACAAGGUACCUAUUGACUCUAACUCUGUUUAGUUUUUAAAGCUCCUGUGAGGAGUUUUGAGCUGGUUUUGAAACAAAAACUGUAAGUAUUAAUUAGUGGACUACAGGUGCUGGAUAGUGACUGCAAAUUUCUGGAAUAGUCCUUUAACAUUUUCCAUGACAAAGAAACUAGUACUGCUUUGUCCACAGGGGGCGCCAUUUCGAGAUCAACACUAAGGUCCCCAAAGGAGCUUUAAGUAAAUGUGUUUUUAAAACUUCUUCCCACUACUUAUUCAACAUUUUAUAGAUAACAAAAAAACCUUAUAAGGAAAGUGUUUUUGUGCUUUGGAGGGUGAAAAAUGUUGAACACUGGUUUUGUAUCGACAAUUAGCACUGUCUGUGGAUGUCAGUGGACAUAGGCCCUUACAGCUGCAAUGACAUUUAAAGAGUGUGCAUCUGCUAAGCGAUUACCAAAGGGAAAACAAGGUGACUCAAGUUUCCAACAUUGGUUUUCGAGACAAGAAUGAGUCGAGGAAUUGGCUGCAAUGUGAGAAAAUAAAUGAGAAAUCUGAACUGAACUUGAAGGACUGAGAUGUUUGUGAUCAAAAGCUUCAACACCUUGAAAAUCUCAUGGGAAGAGCCAGAAGCAGAAAAUUGAAAUCACAUUAUUUGUACAUCUACUGUUAUAAAAGUUAACGAUAAACCCUCACAUGCACUGUAUUUUAAUGAUAAACCAAUCAUAUCCCAUAAACUAAAAAUAUACUGUAAAACACUCUCUAUGAGCUACAGUGGCUUUGUUGCUUCCAGUCAAAGACACCUUUCACAACAUGUCAGCAGCAAUUUAGCAACUAUAUCACAAUUCUGUAAAAGCACACAUAAACACACAGUCUGCAAUUAAUCAAAAUAGUGCAAAACACUUUCAGUGACAGUGUUUUGCCAACUAUAUUCUGCAUGAGUGCUAUUUGUGUACAUUUCAGCGCACUUUAGAGAGAAGAAAACCCAUGUUUCAUCUGUUAUACUGAUGCUUGUUUGUGAGGAACACUCGUCCUACUAGCUGGAGCCUAUUUUGGUUUGUCAAAGCAAAGCUGCAGAAGAUGUUUUUUUUUUUUUCUUUUCCUUUUUUGCAUCCCUCCAUGAUCCGUUUAUGGAAGUGACUACGCUUUGGGUUGUUACAUGUGAAAGGUACUGUGAAGAAACGGUCCCACCUCUGCCUUCAUCUGCCUGUAUCCUCCUCUGCAUACACUUAACACACUGACAAGUGUUACAUUCAUUACCUCACAAUAUUCAGACAUUCAAGGCUAUAUUGUGGCAUUGCUCAGCACUAGACCUGAAGCGCAGGGGAAAGUGAUACAGGAUGAUAAACAAAAGGUUGUGAUCUACUACAGAGAGUGUGAGGCAGACUUAUGACCCUGAAAGGACAAAAAAAAGGUCCCUUUUUCUCUCACUUUCAAGAACUCCCCUCAAAGUAAAAGCACGAGAAAAAAGAAACAUUUGAAGAGUUUUUUUUCUCCUCCCCAUCCCAGUUACCCUCCAGAACCCAGUUUAGCAUAUUUAUUUAUAGGCCUGGCAUGCCUCAGAUUCAGAAUCCUACACAAAAAGACAGUUAAAGCAUCAAGUAUCAUCAUGUUACCCCCUGACAAAAAAAAUAAAGUGUUUCUUCAUGCUUGUCUGAACCAAACCCCACACAGAGUUCUGCCCCUCUGAGAGCUGCAUGUAUGCGCCAUCAGAGUCUGACAACAUUGUUGGGGAGGAGGUUGUAUUAAUAUCCCUCUGAGUCCUGAGCAUGCACAUCAACUGUCACCUCAAAUCACCUGUUUAUGUGCUCACCAGAUGUGGGGGUCCUAAAAAGUACUUUAUACUCUUUAUACUCUUCUGAGACCAUUUUUUAAUAAGUAUAUUGAUGCUGUAUGUGUUUGUAACUGCUACAUCUUUUCUUUCCUGGCAUACAGCUGAUAAAAACAUAGUUGUAGAGGUCUUUAGAUCAGUUAAGUUCUUGGGUAAAUAGAUGCUGUCAACAGUGCUUUUGUCCUUGGUAGUGCUAACAGUUUUAAAAGAUCCUCACAAUUAAUAUAGGUCAACCUGUAAGAUAUCUCAGGUGAGAUUACAUAGCAAAGACCACUGUACAUUUGCUCUUUUUGCUUUUCUCUUAUUGUGUUUUGACAUUUUCUUUGGAUAAUUUUUUGGCUUUGGCGUGAGAAUAAAUUAGGAAACAGGGAGAGAGCAAAGGGCUACAGAUCUGUCUUAAACCUGGGCUGCCUGCUUGGCCAAACCUGCAUCUCUUAGAAAUACAGAUUGUCACUCAUUUUUGUUUCCACACUUUUUAAGUCUACAGUAGCAGCAGCAGUGGGGGAACACUGCAGAGCUCAGUUCCCAGCAGUCUGAGUAAGGAAAGUUUUCGCACAGAAGCUUAGAUUUUCCAUCUACCAUCUCAAACACCCCUCUGUCUUUUUAUUCCCCGAAGAUUUCCUGUGCUUGUCCUAAAGUGUGGCAUUUUAGUUCGUCUUUUCAGCUCAUGGGACCACUUUAAUGUUCCAAAAGCUGCCUAAACAGCCAGACUCACAUAAAAACGACCACUGACGGUGAGCUAUAGUUUGGUGUACCAUAUAAGUUUACUAUAAUGUCUAACUGCGUUUCUACUGGGAAGUAUGGGGGGCAGUAACUUCUGACAAAACCACUUCAUUGGAUUAGCUUUUCUAUGUGUGAAACAGAGAAUUAUUUACUACUUAGAAUGUGAGAAAACUAACAUGUUUUAGUAAAACAGACGUUUUUAUGAUUAAUUGGAACUGAUGUCUGUAAAAUGGCCACAGAGCUUUGAGCCUCCUGUAAAAAAGAUAUUAACGGUAUUCAUAAAGGUAUAUGUUGGUGGUAAGCAUCUUGAGCAUUUUAUUUGUCUGUAUAGACCCCUUUUAUUUUCCUAAUAUUAAGCCCUAUGAAUAUAUAUAUUUUUAUCUAUAUUCUUUUUAAAGCUCCUGUGAGGAACUUUUAGUUUGUGUCAGUUGUUGUUGCAUUUAGGGCAUUAAAAGUUACAAUAUAAGGAUUGUCAAUCUCAGUACUGUUGGGCUUGUUUGGUUUUAUUUGUCAUAAAAAAGCAUCAGUAUGAAUUUCAGACCAUUUCAUAAACAUCAAAAAACUCCUCAUAGGAGCUUUAAACAUAUAUUUAAUAAGAGGCACUCCACCCCCUCGCCCAGGGCUUCUUCUGGUAUAGGGUACUGUUUUGUUUUAUAGCACGAGAACCUUCCUGAUCAUCUGAUCCAGUCUGUGACCACUUCUCAGUGCUAAAACCAGUCAGUUCUGCUUUUAUUGAAAUAGUUACCCAAACAGAAAUUAUGUUAUAACCAUAUAUGUUGCUAUGCUGUGGGAUCUGAUAUAGUUUGGCCACGUUUUGAGGUAUUCAUAUUCACAAUAUCUCCCAACCAGUGUAAAGAAGUUACAUGUAAUUUGAUUUACAUUUUAAGAAAACAAAAAUGGCAUCUCUUGUUACUGAUCAAGACCUCACUGUAGUUUAAUCUAAUAAAUUUUUUUUGAGAUAAGAGAUGUAUCUGGCUUUAAUCUAGAUUGGGUGAACUUGCCCUUUAUCUCAAAAGUCACUGCUUGAAGCUACAGUAAGGAGUUUUUAUGUGUUUAUGAAACAGACUGAAAUGGAUAUUGCUGCCUGUCUUUGACCUACUAAUGUAAACUAAACCAUCUGUGACAUGACUGAUUAUUUCUGUAAUGGGACAUGUCUGACGGGGGUAGGUGUCAGUUGCUCACCUGCGUGCUACCGACCAUGGAAAAUUUUCAAAUAAGUGUUACAUUUUUGUGGGAGUAACUUUUAUGUCAAUAAUAGACGUACACAUACAGGACAAAUUCAUUCAGGCACAAGGUUCUGAUUUGUCCACAGGGGGCGCCAAAAUCAUCACAAUCUUUAACAUUUUUCCUCCAUCUGUACCAUAGACUGUAUAUAGAAUGGACAGUGUCUGCCUCCUCGCUGGGUGAAGCCACUCCAAGAACAGCGCCCUCUGGUGACGGGCUGCAGUAUAGGUCAUAUAUCCUGCCUCCACCAGCAAAGCUUAUGGAGCUGUGGACAAACUUAAAAAAUUUAUUACACAGAACACAAAUUCCCCCCUGCUUAAGAUGUUGACAUGUAGUUAUUGUAAGACUGUUUUGUGCUCAAGUCCUCUUUUUUCUGUCCAUUUUUAAAAGUUAUUAGGGGGUUCAUGUUUUCUAUGAUUAACACUUGAUACAGCCUGUGGGUGUACGAAGAUUGCGUAGCUCACCCGGGGGAUACGCCGUUUGGGCCGAGCGUCAUCACAGCGACUCUUGGCGACUCUCCUGCCGAAUGUGUACAAUGCAAGUGGUGGAGAGCGUACAACGCUACUGCACACUGUUGGUUUCAGGAAGUGGAGAGAAAACGCGAAUUAUAAUUACUGAGAGCUUUUUGGCUUCAAAUCUGUAAACUGGCGGAAGGCGGAACCAAGUUGUCCACAGUAUAUACAGUCUAUGAUCUGUAUAUAGAACUAAUAUUGGCUUCCAUUGCUGCUAAACUUUGGUAAAUGUUUGCUGUGAGUUAGCUCCAUCUGCUCAGUUACAGAUGAUUCAGUUCACUGAGAGGACAUGCCUCUAUAAAACCCACCUUCACUUUUUCAGCAUCAAAUAUGAGUGCAGUCCGCUGUACUGGCACCUAUAGAAAAGUUAUACUGCUUACUUAAACACCGGGAAAGGCUCAUCCUUAGAUAUAAAUAUAUAUCCUGAAAAUACUAAAACAUGCUAAAUUUACACUACAUCUACAUGUCAUUAUGAAAAAUCUGGACAGCGAUGCUCGUAAAACAGUUGGAAGCAGAAAAAAGCAGCAGUAGCUCGCUCAAACUGGCGUCAAUCAGCAUUUUUUAAAUAUGUAUUUAACAUAUGAUCUGUUGGCUGUUGCUCCAACCAAACUGAAUAUGUUAACACCAGCUCUCAGGGGGUUUGGUACGCUGUUUAUUAAUGCCGUUUUCCACAUGUAGGCCGCUACACCUACACAGGCACGGGAGAUUUUCUAUUUAUUUCACACAUCACUUAAACUGCAGUAAAUUUAACAUCUGAGUUGGUAUCUCUUUCACUUCUCAUACCCUGCGCUUGAGUUUCUCUUCCAUUUUGAAAAGUUUCCACUGGAGUCUCCAAGAAACCUAAAGAGUGAGUGAAGCCCUCAUGGUUAUUUAGAGUGAUGCAAAGACAUGUUGCACCAUCUCAAUCUGUGUCAGCCUAUAUGCUAUGUACACUUGGAAGAAGCCAGUGUCUGUUUGUGCCAUAUAGAAUUAUCACCUCUUAAGUAUAUGACAUUUCUGGAGAGGGAAAAACAAUCAUGGCACAGACGGAGAGGGGGUGGGGUGGCAUUUGUCAGUGCUCUCAUUGGGGUUCAAAAGUAGAAUGUAAAAAUGUCUGUCUUUGUCUACUCCAACACAUUUUAUUUUUGUAACUGAGAAAUCUGUUCAGGGACCCCAACAUUUUUUCCAACUGUCAGGGUGUCAUUUAUCAGAGAAAAAACUACUGAAUUCCCACCCCCAGUCCGUCUGUAUGUUGUGAGGUUAUAUGUGUUGCAAACACGAAAGGUGGGGGUGUGUAAGGGACGCACAUGAGGACAUGACAACCUGUUACCUCAAACACACACACACACGUGUCGUGGUUAUUUUGCCCCCAGAGAGAGCAUUUCGAGAUGAUCUUCUGACUUGGGUUAGUGCCUCUUCUUCUGAGUGAGCUGUUGGUCUCACCAUUACUGUCCCUCACGUCUGAGAUGUUAACCUUCAGGGCAGCAUCUUCCUCUUUAGCGUCUAAUUUUCCUCCUCCUCCUCCUUCUUCCUCUUCUUCUUAUUCUUCUUUUCCUCCUUCAUGGUGUGUCUCUGCCAGCAGCCUGCACAGCGAGGCCGUGGAGCCAUUAGCGAGUCCCUCCGCUGAUAAUGAAGCCACAGAGGUGGUCUGAGCCAGCAUGGCACAGGAGCCGCAGCACAGGAGGAAGGUAGAUUAGGAUAAUUACCUGGCCACGGGGGAAUGAUGAGGAUGAUGUCUCUCUCUUCCUGCGGGCCGUCAUCGAAGGAGAAGAAGAAGAAGAAGAAAGAUGUGCUUUAUAAUCAGGUAACAAGAAAUGAAAAAUUGAAAAUUAGUUCCAAUCAUUGCUAAUGAUCAGAAUGUAAGAUUAUGCCUUUUUAAUUUUGUGUGACAGUAAUUGCUCAUUUUCUUUUCUCACAGGUGUCCUUCAUAUCUCCGGCACAUGUAUGUGUUUGUUGCUGCGGUUUAGGUCUGGCACAUGACGGUACAUAAGUCCCACAUAUUCACACUCACAGAGACUUUGAAGAGCCUAUGAGGUCAGGUUUUGAAUUAUGGUCUGCACCCACACCAGGCUUUCUCUCCCCACUCCUGUAAAUCCAUUUUCCACACAAUGCAUUUCAAAUCAAAGCAGCGUCACCAUAACACGCCUUAGGAAACAUUAAGCCAUAGUGCAUCACUUUCAUGUAUGAUAGCAUAGCCCCUGUAUGCUUUGAUGUGCUCACUUUUUUUAAUGCUUUAUUAAUAAUAACACACAGGCUCUCUCUCACACCAAACACCAGCUUCUGGUGCUCCUUUUUCUUUCCUCCUGAACUACAUCCCUCUCUCCUUUGCCAUGCCUCAGCCUUCUUCAUCCCUCCCCCGGCCCCUGAGCUGAGUCUCUGGAUUGGCCUGUUUGUGUUUGGGAAGGUGGUGGUGGUGUUGGAGGGGAGGGGAGAGGGGGGAUUAGAGGGAAUGACACGGGGGCCUCUGAGAUGAAGAGAGCGACAAAGACCUAUCAGAGGGCAGAGAGUCGGGAGCGCUGCAUCGCCAUUGGCUGCCGUGGAAAUCAGACACGUCUUCAUUUCUCCCAACCGUACACUCCGAGUGCCCAGCUUUCAUUUCCAUGCCCGGGGAGGGAAGUGGAGUGAGGAAGAAGAGAGAAAAAGAAAGAGAGUGGGGGGGUCAGGAUUAGAGUUUCUGUUUGUGCAUUUAAGUGUGUGCACAUGUGUGUUUGCUUGCAUGUUGUGUACAGCAAACAUCCUGCAGAAACAGAGGGAUGAGCGCAAAGACACUGAUAGCACUCACCUCCUGCAAAGCUGGACGAAACACAAAAUCCUGGAGCAGGCUGCAGAUUCAUCAUGUCCCUCCAGCUGAACUCAGUUCCUGUGAAUUGUUUGCCUGAUUCAGAGACACAUAAAACCCACUUAGAACACAGAUUUCUCUCUGAUUUCACUCAUUAUUUUAUCUCUCUAACAGGAUAUUUUAUGUUAGUGUUACAGGCAUCCCAAAGCUCACAAUAGCUGCUCAGUAUUAACUCUUUUUUUUUUUUCUUCUUUCCACCAAUUUCAAAGCAAUGUCUGCAAUUUAGCACUUAGCAGCUCCCCACGAUCACAUCUGCUGAUUUAAUUUUCUGCGUUGUCUGUGGUGUAUGUGUUCCUUUUUGAUGUUUCUUUCCUCUCGCUGUUAAAUAACAUCACUGAAUCUUGUUUUCUGUUGUUGCAUUAUAGUUUCAGCCCACAACUUCUGCAGCAGUUUCUCAAGUUUUUUUUUAAUUUUAUUUUUUUAAAUGCGAUCUGUGGCUGUAUUCUGUAAAUUGUCACAUAUAUCAUACUUGCAUGUAUAUGUUCUCAUACACAUUAUGCAAUGUUUUCCACACUGUUUUGGUGGCAUCCUGCAAAGUAACCAUGUGACAAACGUGCCCGUCCAUCUUGCCGGUGCACCAGACUGUUGUCAGUGUUUGCCUGCUAGUUAGGAUGCAGCCAGUUGACUCUGGCUGUCUGAGCUGUGAUAAGACUGGGAGCAGUGGUGACUACACUCCCCCCCUCCUUCCCACUCAUAACAGAUCUGCAUGGUCUUGCAGGUCCUCUGGGGUUAACAGGCUCACCUUUUCUGAUAUUCCAAGACCCGAUUGAUUGCCAAAACCAGACCAGGGGUUGGUGUCAAAGGCUUCCUGCCCACUUCCGGCCACCUAGGGCCUCUGUUUCUUCCACCCUGGAGCAGGUUACAGAAAGAGGGUGAAGACUUAAUUCCAUCUAAAUAACUCAAUUAAACAUUUUGGUUUGAGAUUUUGAUUCUGUCAUGACCUAAAAAGGGCAUAAUGGUAACAUGGACUGGCAGGCAGCAGGUAGAUUGGUGUAUCCAUGAGAAAUUUAGUGCACAAAACUCACCAACAGCAGUUUAUUUAUAAUAGUUUGUAAAAAUGCUUGAAAUUUCGUCAACUUUUUGGCUUUUUGUGGAACAUGUUUUAUUAAUAGCCGAUCAACAGAGCUGCUAUGGUAUGAAUAACUCUCUCUCUCUCUCUUCCCCUGUUGGUCAAGUAACAAAUGGCAGGGCUAUCGAACACACAUUUUAUCUCCGCGAGGGCUGUCGGACAAUCAGCUCCAAGAAUACAUGUUAAUCAAUCGAGGAUUUUCUGAAUCCAUCUAUUAAGCCCAGCCAUUUUCCCCCCUCUCCAAUACAUUAGCAGAUCUCAGUAUGUCCGCUCCUCUUGUGAACAGGGAUGAGAAGGAGCUGGAGGGAGAGGAAAUAAAGGUCUGACGAGUUUGGCAAAGAGACGAUGGAGGCUGAGACAGAUGGCAUGAAGUCUGCAGCACUCUGGCGUGGCUCGCCUGGUGCUAAAAUCCUCCUCUCUCACAUUCCAACAAAUCCUACCAGGAGGCUGGGGAGUCUGUCACACCACUCCAAGGAUCCACACGGCUCGCUUCAACCCCCCCACCACCACCCCACACCCCGUAUACACACACGCACGCAAACCUCCCUCCACCCCACAUCUCCUCCUCAUCCUCUGUCGCCCCAGCCCAAACAGAGCCCCUGACCACCGCUCUGUGUCCAACUCUGCUACUUCAUCCUCACAUAUGUGUACAUCCACAUUAGCAUGUAUGGAGGUGGGUGAUUUGGACCUUUACUCCACAGGCCUGCAGAGAUAAGGAGCACCAGGGGGGGUGAUAUGAAGAAAGGCCUGCUCUUAUAGGAAAAAGAGCCAGGGGGGCUUAAUUGAGAGAGGUGGCCUUUACUGUCACUCUGGUGUAAAAUAUCCCACUCAGUAAACACUGCGCCGAAUCAUCAGGGAAAGACAGUACAAUCCAUUUAUAUCAGAGGAAGAAGGCAUAAGAGGCUUUUUGAUUAGUUUCACCACAGCUCGCAUCAGUCCACAGAAACACUAGAACUAAAUCUCUAUCCACGCGCUCACACACACGCACACGCGCCUGUUUCACACACUGCCCAUAUUUCACGGCUCCCUGCAGGCCUCACAAUCCAAAGUGGACAGUAAGUGUAACUGUGAUUACACACAGAGCACAAGACCCAACAACUGGAUCACGGGCUUCCCAUGACAUCUUCAUCUCCGAAUGCAGUACUUGCAGAUGUCCUUUUGAAUUUCCGAUUUCUUUUUUUUUUUUUUACCAUCUGAAAACUGGUUCAUGUAAUAAGAACAAUCUAAUUUAUUUUACACUCUGCUCUCUCCCCACGUCUCCUUUUCUGGCUGUCUCUCUGCCUGCCUUCUGUUUGUUCUAAUGAAUGACUGCUGAGAUGAGGUGCUGCUGUGCGGGGGUCACAAGGGGCUUCAGAAUCACAUUACUGUUAAUGAUAAUAAAAAGAACAAUCUGCUCUAA